UUAGUUCAAAGUUAAAAAUGAGCACUUCACGCAAAAAUGAUAGCCUGAAAAGAAGAGAUCCACUUAAUAGACCAAGUAGCACAAAAUUGAAGAAUAGAGAAGCUGAAUAUAGGAAAGUGAAUGCAAAACUAGAAGUUAAGACAGCAAGUCUUGUAAAGGAAGUAGAGCAUUUAAUUCAAGGACACAAUGUAGUACAAGAAGAAGAAAAGAAAUCUUUGUUAAAUGAUGAGCCAAGUGUCCUAAACAAUGAUAGCCAAACUGUGAAAGAAGAUAUCUCAAAGCCAGAAACAGCAUCAAAUGUGGCUAUAUCAACUGAUAUAGAAAGAACUGUACGACAGCUGGAAGAAAAAUUAGAGAAGGAAGAAGUCCAUUGUGAUAAUGAGCAGAAGGAAGGAAAUGUCAUUCCAUUAGUAGCUGAAGAGUUAGGAAAUGAGGCUAUGCUGCGAUUCCUAAAAGCAAAGCUAAGAGUGGUGCAGGAAGAAAUGGAAAAAGUGACAAGAAAUUACCAAGAAUUGGAAAAGAAAUACCAGUCCUCAAUUGAUGAAGUUAAAACUCUUAAUGAGUAUAACAAAAGGUUAGAAAAAACUCAGCAGUCAUUGAAAUCAAGUACAAUUAAAUAUCAAGAACUGAUAAAGGAAUUGCAAGAUAAGACUGAAGCUCUUGAAAUACAGCUAGUAGCAAUGAGAAGAGAAGUAGAUUCCGAGAAGACAUUGCAAAAGAAAUUAACUGUAACUCAUAGUGGUACUGAAGUCAGAUUGAACAGAGCAUUAGAAGACGUUGAAAAGUAUAAGAAUCUUUAUCAGAAAUUAAAACAGGAUUCUAAGGACUCGGUUAAACAUGAUAGGCAAAAAUUGGAAACACUUGAAGCACGUAACAAAACUUUAGAAAAACAAAAGAAGGAGCUGUUGGCUGCUUUUGGGAAGCAACUGAAACUAAUUGAUAUCCUGAAACGGCAAAAAAUUCACUUAGAAGCAGCAAGGAUGAUAGCAUUUGCAGAAGAGGAGUUUGUGAAAGUUCUUGACUGGGAUGUAGUUUAACAGUUGACACUGAUACAUAAUCACUUAAUUUAUUUGGCAAUAUACACUCAGACUAGAUGCAGUACUAGCUGGUACCAGUACCUGGUAAUUUAUUGAACAACAUAAAAGAAUCUAUUAUUCUUAAUGAAAA